GAGUAGCAGAGGACGUGACCAUACGUACAUGUAAAUGACAGCAACUGGAAUUAGUAGGACUCGCUCCUGAGGCCAAUAAGUUAGUAAGCAGUUUGAAAAAUAUGCCACAGAUGCAUGAUGAAGCAUAUGCCCAGGAAAAAAAACUAUACGACACCCAUGAAUAUCCAGAUAAGACACUGGUGCUCCCUGUCUCUAAGCAAAACAAGAGAGUUGUUUACACAGUCCUGGAGCUCUCGCCAUUACUUGAUUCUUCCAACAUGACUCCAGAGGACUGGGCCAAAAUUGCAAAGAAACUUGAGGAGCACUAUGAAAAGUUUGAUGGCUUUGUGAUUCUUCAUGGCACUGAUACAAUGGCCUAUACAGCAUCAGCCUUAUCCUUCAUGUUUGAGAACCUAGGUAAAACGGUUGUUAUGACAGGAUCUCAGGUGCCCCUAUACGAAUUGCGGAAUGACGGCCGAGCCAACCUACUGGGGGCACUGCUCUUUGCUGGGCAGUUCGUGAUUCCUGAGGUGUGCCUGUACUUUUAUAAUAAACUGUACAGGGGAAAUAGGGUGACUAAGGUGGAUGCUGACAGUUUCAAUGCCUUUUCCUCACCUAACCUGCCUCCACUUGCAAAUGCUGAGGUUGAUAUUAAAAUAAACUGGGAUACAGUGUGGAGACCCAAUUCCAAAAAGAAAUUUAAAGUUCACACCAAUAUGAACAGGAACGUUGGGCUUCUGCGAAUCUUCCCAGGAAUCACCACUGCUGCUGUAAAAGCGUUUCUUCAGCCUCCAAUUGAGGGCAUUGUACUUGAAACUUAUGGAAGUGGCAAUGCCCCAAAUAACAGAGAAGACUUGAUAGAAGAACUGAAGAAAGCAACUGAACAAAAAAUAGUGAUUCUAAACUGUACCCAGUGCUUAGGAGGAUCUGUUAAAACAGUCUAUGCUACAGGGCAGACUCUUGCUGAUGUUGGAGUAAUUCCUGGAGGUGAUAUGACACCAGAGGCAGCCCUAACUAAACUGUCAUACGUGCUCAGCAAGAGUGAGCUUAGCUGGGAGGAGAAGAGGCAGAUGCUGAGUAACAAUCUAAGAGGAGAAAUGACUGUUGUACCCACAGGAGACAAGAUCUCUCUGAGAGAUAGCAAGUUUAUUCAACUAAUUGCCAAAUCUUUGAGUAUCGGCUGUAAGGAGGAAUUAGAAGCCAUAAGAGAUGCAUUAAUUCCACCUUUGGCUUGUGCUGCAGCUAAACUGGGUGACAUAGAUGCACUAAAAGCCAUACGAGAAAUGGGGGGAAACUUGAGCUCUGGAGACUACGAUGGCCGAACUCCACUUCAUAUUGCAGCCUCUGAAGGGCAUCUACCACUAGUUGAGUAUCUGUUGAUGUGUGGUGCAACUGUUUAUGCUAGAGACAGGCAUGGAUCUACCCCGCUGAUAGAUGCGAUCCGUUUCAGGCACAUAAAAGUGAUUAAUUUACUUCGAGAAACUGGAGCUCACCUUUCAAGCUGUGACUUGGAGGACACUGGAACAGUACUCUGCAGCCUUGCAGCUAAGGGUGAUGUGGAUGGGCUGAAUGCCUGGUACCAAGCUGGUGCAGACCUGGAGCAAACUGGCUAUGAU